UCAUGGCGCUCGCCAACUUGGCCGCAGCGAGCAAACACCCGACCAUGAUUGCACGCGGUGUGCUCAAGGUCGUCUUGCGCCUGGCGACGGCGCCACGCGACGACAUUCGGCAGUACGCUGCCUUUGCCCUCGCCAACUUUGCCGGCAACGCCGAGCACUGCAACACGAUCGGCGACGAGGGCGGCGUCGCGCCGUUGAUUGCGCUCGCGCACUCGGAGGACCCGAACGCGCACACGCUUGCGAUCGCGGCGCUGCGGCGGCUCUGCCAAGUGUCGGCCACGAACCGCGGGCGCAUCGUGCGAGGCGGCGGCCUCGUGCCCCUCGCCUUGGCCGGCCACUCGGAAGAGCUCGAGACGCAGCGCGAGGUGGCCGCGACGCUCUGCAACUUAAGCUUGAGCGACGAGUACAAGAUGGAGAUUGUGCUCAGCGGCGCGCUCCCGCCGCUCAUCACGCUGGGGCAGUCGCCCGACGUCGAGGUCGCGCGGCAGGCGUGCGGUGCGAUUGCGAAUCUUGCCGAGAAGAUCGAGACGCACGCGACGUUUGCAGCGGCGCACGGCGGGCGGCCUCGCGCGCGAUGGCCAACCUCCUCACCUCUUUUUGGCCACCACGGCGACAUGAUCGCCGAGGGGCUUCCGGGAUUGAUCCACCUGGCGCUCAGCGUCGACACCGAGUGUCAGUACAACGCGGCAUUGGCUCUGCGGAAACUCGCGCCCAACACGGCGAGCCACCGAGGGAUUGUGUGUGAAGGCGGGCUCAAGUCGCUCCUCUUUCUGCUCGAGUCGAAAGAAACCAACAUCCGCAAGCACGCCGUCGUCGCGCUCCGGGACGUUGCGUCCAACGCCGCGUACCAAGUGCGCUUUUACGAAGAGGGCGGUGUGAGUGCGCUCGUCACGUUCGUGCGAGACGUCGAGCCCAAUUUGCAGUGCCCCGCACUCGCCGCACUCCGCCACCUCUCGUGUGCCACGGAGCUCAAGAAACCGAUUGUCCAGGCGGGCAUUCUGCGCCCGCUGCUCAAAUGCAUCAACCCGGCCGGCCACCAUGUCGACUUGCUUUGUCAGUGCGCGGGCUUGCUCGCGAACCUCAGCGAACACCUCGAGAACCAGCUCACGAUGGUCGAGGAAGGGGCGACGACCGGCCUCGUCGCGCUCGGCCACAUUGACCACGACGAGAUCCAGCAAGACGUGGCGCGCGCGCUCGCCAACUUGUCGGCCAACGAAGACAACCACAGCACGAUCUACAAGCAAGGCGGGCUCAAGUGCCUCAUCGGGCUCACGAGGAGCAAGGAAGAGGUGUGCCAGCGCUACGCGGCCAUGGGGCUCCGCUUCCUCGCGUCCAACCCAACGAUCCGCGUGCACAUUGUGCAAGAGAAUCUGCUGCCGCCGUUCUUGGCGCUGGCGCAGUCGCCCGUCCUCGACUAUCAGCGCACGGCCGCGUCGGCCUUCUGCUCGUUUUCGCUCAACGAAGAAAACAAAAUGAAGCUCGUGCGCGACGGCGGCCUCACACAAAUCCUGAAAUGCAUGCGGUACGAGGACCUCGAAGUCACGCGCGACUGCACGUUUGCGCUCGCAACCUCGCCGACUCGCGGCAUCGCGACGCUCGUCCACGUCGGCGCCCACGACGACGCGCGCGUCCAGCGCGACACGGCGCGGGCCCUCGCGUCGCUCUCGGUCACCGCGGCGCUCAAGCCCGAGCUCAUGACGGCGCUGCCGACGCUCUUCAGGCUCGCGCGGUCCUUGGACGUGAGCAGUCAGCGCUACUCGACGCUCGCGAUCUGCAACCUCGCGUCCGGCCCCGACAAGGUCGCGAUCGUCGAGACCGGCGCGGUGCGACCGCUCCUGCACCUCGUGCGCUUUCCGGACCACGAGAUCCAGCGGUAUGCAGCGCUCGCACUCGCCGGCCUCGCGCUCAGCGACCACGGCCACAACAAACUGCGCAUGGUGACGGACGGCGCGGUGCGGCCGCUCGUCGAGAUGCUGCGCUACCCAAGCGUCGAGAUCCAAAAGUGCGGCUGCUUGGCCUUGAACGCCCUCACGCUCGGCAAGCACGCGGCGACGAAGCUCGCCGUGCUCCAGGAAGAUGGGCUCUUGCCGCUGCUGGCGCUCCUGAGUGCGUCCGACAUUGAGUGCGUGCGCAUCGCGCUCUACUGCGUCGGGUCGAUCGCCGAGCACAUGGACGUGCUCACCAAGCUCCUCGAGCUCGGCGCGCUGGUCCAUAUUGUGCACCACAGCCGCCAGCCGGACCUCGAGGUGAAGCGCAACUGCGGGUACAUUUUGGCGCUUGCAGUCGAGCACCACGAGUUCCACGACGACUUUGUGCGCGAGGGCGGCAUGCAGAUCGUGGUGCACCUCGCGUCGAUCGAAGAUAUCGAGUGCCAAGAGUACGCGACGUUUGCGCUCGCCCACCUCGUGUCGAACCGCGAGUACCAGGUCAAGCUCGGUCAGCAUGGGCGCGCUCCGACCGCUGAUCGCGAUCAUGUCGGUCAACGCCGAGCCGCGCCACUACGCGGGCCUCGCUUUGCUCAAGCUCGCCGACAACUACGAGUACCGCAUCAAGAUCGCGGAAGAAGGCGGCAUCCAAGCUCUUUUGCGUAUUGCGCGCGCCCGCUCGACGGACGAAGAGCUGCAGUACAAGGCGUCCAUGAGCCUCGGGCAGCUCGCGGCCAACGCGACCAAUGUCAUGCCCAAGGGCCGUCACAGUAA